GCGGGCCCGGCGGGUGGAGCGGGGCCUUCCCGGCCGUGCCUUCCUGCCCUCGGGCUCGGGGAGCAACGGAGAGCCGGCGUCUGGGGUUGUUCUUCCCCCCCAGGGUUGGGGGCCCGGGGCCCUGUGCCACCUGUUGGGACAUCAGCUGAAGAAGCCCCGCGAUAUCGAUGGCCCAGAGGCUGGUUCUCCAGCGGCUGCUGUCGCUCCCCACGCGGGGGCCCCUGGCAUCCCAUGGCAGGGCCUUUGGCACCUCAGCCGGCCGCAGGAGCACUUUCAACGUGCAGGAUGGCAGCGACUUCCAGGACCGGGUGGUGAACAGCCCCAAGCCCGUUGUGGUGGACUUCCACGCACAGUGGUGUGGUCCCUGCAAGAUCCUAGGCCCCAGGUUAGAGAAGCUGGUGGCCAAGCAGGAGGGGAAGGUGCUGAUGGCCAAGGUGGACAUUGACGAUCACACAGACCUUGCUAUCGAGUACGAGGUGUCAGCAGUGCCAACUGUGCUGGCUAUGAAGAACGGAGACGUUGUGGAUAAGUUUGUGGGCAUAAAGGACGAGGAUCAGCUGGAGGCAUUCCUCAAGAAACUCAUUGGAGCCUGAAGUAAAAGGGUGGCUGUACCACUGCCUCUGGA